CACAACACACUAUGAAUAAGACAACGACACUGCUCUUGCUCCUGUUCCCUCUUCUCUUCACCACAUCUUUAUCCAAAGACCUCUGUCACAAAGAUGACAAAAACGCCCUCCUCAAGAUCAAGAAAGCCAUGAACAACCCUUACAGCUUCAUCUCCUGGGACCCCAAGGACGACUGUUGCACCUGGAACUCCGUUGAAUGUGGCAACGCAAACCGCAUCACCUCUCUAGACUUAUCAAACGACGACGUCUCAGCUCAGAUCCCUCCUGAAGUCGGUGACUUACCGUAUCUACAGUACCUCAUAUUCCGCAAACUCCCUAACCUCACCGGUGAAAUCCCACCCACCAUCGUCAAGCUCAAGUAUCUCAAAUAUCUCUGGAUCAGCUGGACCAGCCUGACCGGUCCGGUUCCUGAAUUUUUGAGUCAGCUCAAGAAUCUAGAGUACAUAAACCUUUCUUUCAAUAAACUAUCCGGUUCCAUACCUGGUUCACUCUCUUUAUUACCUAAACUCGAGUUUCUUGAACUCAGCAGGAACAAGCUUACAGGUACGAUACCAGAGUCAUUUGGAUCGUUUAAAGGAAAGGUACCUGACCUAUUCCUAUCACACAACCAACUCUCUGGCUCGAUACCAAAAUCAUUUGCCUCCCUAGACUUUUACCGGAUUGAUCUUUCUCGGAACAAGCUGGAAGGUGAUGCAUCGAUGUUGUUUGGAGCCAAAAAAACGACAUGGCACAUUGACUUAUCAAGAAACAUGUUCCAGUUCGAUAUCUCCAAGGUUAAGGUCGCUAAGACAGUUAAUUUCUUGGACUUGAAUCACAACGGGCUCACAGGGAGUAUCCCGGUUCAAUGGACCCAACUUAGUCUUCAGACUUUCAAUGUUAGCUACAACAGACUAUGUGGACCCAUUCCCCAGGGAGGAGACCUUCAGAGAUUUGAUGCUUAUGCUUAUCUUCACAACAAGUGCUUGUGUGGUGCACCUCUUGAGAGUUGCAACGUGAUAAUUCAAGCAACUGAUCUUUAUCUCUAAAGUUACCAAUCAAAAUAAAUCAUGUAUGAGGGUAUCUUUAUGUUCCAUUUGGAAUGAUAAAUAAAACAUGAAUUGAUAUAACGUUUGAUGGAUUCAUGGCACGUUUUCAAAAUGUAUUUAAUCGAUAGGUUGGCAACGUUCGAACAGGGCACCACAUGAACAGUUCAAAACCAUUUUAAUGUUGAAUCUGACCCAUUAACUGUUCAAAAAAUGGCUGAGUUAAACUUUUUGUUAUGUUAAAUUAUUGGAUUAUUUGAUGCUUUUAUUAGCUUUUGUGGAGUAGGUGACUGAGUGCAUUGGCUAAAAAAAUAU